GGUAGAAGGCUGGUAGUUCUGUAGCUACAUCACGAGGUCACAUUCACAGCGCAGUAUGCACAAAGUCAGCUAGGUUAGCGACCUGCUAAACACCACUUCCCAUCCCUACCUACCAACACUUGCUAGCUAGCUAACUUCAGAGUGGAUUUGUGAGCUUCUCUGACACUAUGGGCCGAAGGAAACUUCCAGACCUCUACCGAGCUCCCUUCCCCCUCUAUACUGUGAAAGUACACUCUGAAACUGGACUGGUUAUCACAGCAGGUGGGGGUGGGGCUUCAAAGACUGGCAUUAAGAAUGGAGUGCACUUUCUGGGUCUGGAGUGGGUUGGUGGCCAGCACAGCGCCACCCUUCUGCACUCCCAUGACACGGACACCCGCGCUACCAUGAACUUGGCACUAGGGGGCGAUGUGAUCGCAGCAGGGCAGGAUGGCACUUGCAGUCUAAUGCGCUUUAAACAGAGCCCCAAGAAGGAUGGCCGCAAGGCUGCAGCUAGUGGAGCAGGGGGCGAUGGCGAGCAGAAGGCCCCCAGGAGGCGCGGGGGGCACCGGCGGGCCGAGGGAGGCGGUGGUGAGGAGGAGACGAGAGACGAGACCCCUCAGAUGUCCGUGGAGACGGUGGGGGAGGUGUGCUCGGACCUCAGCCCCUCCGACCCCCUGCAGAAGUGUGUGAGGUUCAGCGCUGACCUCAGCCUGCUGCUGACCGGCGGGGCGGACGGACACGUCCGUGUGUGGGAGUACCCUGCUAUGAAAGAGAAGCUGGAUUUCAAGGCUCAUGAUGGGGAGAUCGAAGACUUGGACAUCAGUCCAGAUAAGAAGGUCGUGACAGUAGGGCGGGACUUUGCGUGCUGUGUGUGGAGUAACGACCAGCUGGUCGUGGGAUUGAGUUGGCAUGACAACAUGCCGCACAUCGCUGAUAAGAUGUACCGCUACCAAGCCUGCAGGUUUGCAAAGGUGGAGGACCAGGCGGAUGCUUUGAGGCUCUACACGGUUCAGAUACCCCACAAACGUGACCGCAGACCACCCCCCUGCUACCUCACCAAGUGGGACGGGCGGAACUUUCUCCCAUUGCUUACCAAACCCUGUGGCACCGAGGUCAUUUCCUGCCUGGCUGUGAGUGACUCUGGGACUUUUCUUGGUUUGGGGACAGUGACUGGAUCAGUGUCCAUUUACAUUACCUUCUCACUGCAGAGUCUUUACUACAUUCAGGAAGCCCAUGGGAUCGUGGUCACCGAUCUGGCCUUCCUGCCAGACUCUCCGAAGGGCAGGGGAAUUCUGGGAAACAACGAAGCCGCCUUGUUGAGCGUAGCAGUGGACAGCCGCUGCAAGAUGCACGUCCUGCCCCACCGACGAUGGUUUCCCGUAUGGCUGCUGCUCCUGCUGUGCGCACUCGUGGUGGUGUGCGUGGUUCUCUUCCUGCAGAACACCUUCCCAGGAUUCAUUUAGGCCGGCGACGACGCGCAAAGGGACACCACGAUUCGGCGACAGCCCUCAGUUAGUCUUAUUAAUAAUGGUAACAAUGAGAGUAACAGUAUUUAAUAAAUUUUUUAUUUUCGCAACAGCCAAUCAGUACUUUGAAUGCCAGUGUGUCAGUUUGGUGAGACCAUACCUCAGGGGCACGCUCGGCGAGAGCGAUCCUCUGUGUUUCUGCCUCUCCCCGGGCUGACAUGGAGAACGGGACCAUGGACCCAAACAGACUCUUUUCAUUUACGAUAUUAUUACUGCAGUUACUGCACAACAAGUCUUUUUUGAAGUUAUGGGAGGGGCGUGAUUAUUUAAGACCUAGACUGUCAACCACAGUGGACAAAGUCAGUGAGGGUGGGGCAUGACUCAUUGGUGGUUUUUAAAUAUCUAGAAUAUUAAAAAAAUAUUAUGAACUUUA